AUGGAGACAGACAAUCAAAAUGUUCAAAAAACUCAAUUUUGCAGCUAUAUGCCGGAGCGAGUACAUACUGAAGGAAGAAGAAAACUUAUGUCUUGGUUGAAUCAACAAAUGAAAGUUAAUUUAUUAGAUGGCCGUAUUUUGGUUGGAACAUUCGUUUGUACUGAUAAAGAUGCUCAUAUUAUACUUAGUACAUGUUAUGAAUACUUUAACGAAAAAGAUUUAGAUACUGGAGAAUCUCGACUUUUAGGCUUAGUAAUGAUACCUGGGCGACAUAUUAUUUCAAUUCAUACAGAUGUACAGCAAACAAAUGAACAACCUAUAAAUUCGUCAAACUUUGAAGAAACGUGA